AUGAGUGGGAUGCAACUACAACAUCGCUCGCCGCCACCACCUCCUGCCCCCACUGAGCCGCCUGCUAAACCAGCGACGCCAGCUCCUCCCAAGGAAGACCCAGAAAAGAUUCGAUUGGAAGCCGAGAUCGCUGCUUUCAAAGCUAUGGAGGAAAAGGUCAAGGCUGCCGAGAAGCAAAAGGAGGCAGAAGCACAAAUCCGAAAAGAAGCCGAGGAGGCUUUCCAUCGAAGAAUGGAAGAUAUGAGAUUGGCUCAGGAAGAGGCCAAGAAAGAAAUCGAGAAAGCCAGAUUGGAGGCAGAGAAGGCAGCCCGGGAAAGAAUGGAAGCCGAGCGAAAGGCCGAGGAAAAGCGUGCGCAAGAGCAUGCUCGAGCCAUGGCAGAGGCCGAAGAGAAGGCCCGACUCAGAUUCGAAGCUGAGAUGAAGGCUGCUGAGGACCGAAGAAAGGCUGAGGCCGAGGCUCGGAUCCAGGCCGAAGAAGAUGCUAGGAGGAAGUUUGAAGCCGCUGCAAAGGCGGCCGAAGAACAGCGAAAAGCAGAGGCUGAGGCUCGUGCACAAGCUGAGAAGGAUGCCCGUGAGAAGUACGAGGCUGAGAUGAAGGCAGCUGCCGAACAACGCAAGGCAGAGGCUGAAGCCAAAGCCAAGGCCGAAGAGGAAGCUCGCCUAAAGUAUGAGGCUGAACUGAAGGCAGCUGAGGAGCGUGGUAAGAGAGAAGCUGAAGAGCGAGUCAGAGCCGAGCGAGAGGCUCGCAUGAGGUUCGAAGCUGAGCUAAGGGCAGCUGAGGAGAGGAGGAUUAAAGAGGAAGAAGAGCGUAAACAGGCUGAAGAGCUUGCGCGUGUACGUUUCGAGAAGGCUUUGCAAGAGGAGGCGGCAGCUAAGGCCGCUGCUGCACAGAAGGCACAGGAGGAAGCUGAGCGUCUCAUGAGAGCUGAGCAGCAGGCUAAAGAAGAUGCCGCAAAGAAGGCCGCUGAAGAGGCUGAAAAGCUUAAGAAGCUUGAAGAGGACGCCCGCGCGAAGGCCGAAGCGGACACUCUCAAACGGAUCGAAGAUGAAAAGAAGAAGGCUGAAGAAGCUGCUGCCGCCGAGGCGGCUGCCAAGAAGGCCGCUGAAGAGCUCAAGGCAAAGAUCGAAGAGGAGACCAAGGCCAAGCUUGAGGAAAGCAACAAGACCGCGGAGAAGGCUCCAAUUCGGUUCAAAGACGCCGUCGGUCGCAAGUUCAGCUUCCCUUUCCACCUAUGCGCCACUUGGCAGGGUAUGGAAGAUCUUAUCAAGCAGGCUUUUAUGCAGGUUGAUGUCUUGGGCCCUCAUGUCAUGGAAGGCCAUUACGACCUCAUCGCCCCUGAUGGCGAGAUCAUCUUGCCUUCUGUCUGGGAAAGGGUGGUGCAGCCCGACUGGUCAAUUACUAUGACGAUGUGGCCGAUGGAUAAGCUACCUCAGUUGGGACCAAAGAUGCCUGGACCUAAGCACCCCCAUGCUAUCCCUAUCCCGCCUGGUGGACGCCCCAUGGGCAUGGGUAUGGGAAUGGGUAUGGGCACGGGCAUGCCCCCAGGUAUGCGACCAGCUGGUUUGCCUCCACAUGGCCGUAUGCAAGGACCAGGAGGAAUGCCACCACCUCCGGGAUGGCAUGGAGACAUGCGUCCUGGGCCACCACCUGAAAUUGUUACUGUCAACCCUGGGCCUAACAAGUCAAGCAAGUCCAAGAAAACAUCCAAGGACCACGGUUCAGGUAUGGCUGGAUUCUUGUUCGGCAAGCCCCAGAAGAAGAGGUCUAGCAGGAAAUGA